AUGUCUGACAACGGAGAACUGGAAGACAAGCCACCAGCUCCUCCUGUCCGGAUGAGCAGUACUAUCUUCAGUUCAGGAGGCAAAGACCAGUCGUCUGCCAACCACAGCUUGAAACCCCUGCCCUCUGUACCAGAAGAGAGAAAACCUAGGAAUAAAAUCAUCUCCAUAUUCUCUAGCACUGAAAAAGGAAGCAAGAAGAAGGAAAAGGAAAGGCCAGAAAUCUCCCCACCGUCAGAUUUUGAGCAUACCAUCCAUGUUGGCUUUGAUGCGGUUACUGGAGAGUUCACUGGAAUGCCAGAGCAAUGGGCUCGGUUGCUUCAGACCUCAAAUAUCACGAAGCUAGAACAGAAGAAAAACCCCCAGGCGGUACUAGAUGUGCUGAAAUUCUACGACUCCAAAGACACAGCAAAACAGAAGUAUCUGAGUUUUUCUGCUCCAGGUAAGAUCCAAGUGUGUGCAAGACAUAUUGAAGAGGAGUUGGGUAUUUGGAACACAACCAAUGCCAAAGGUUCAGAACCAUCAACAGCUGUGGCAGAUGAUGAUGAAGAUGAUGAAGAAGCUCCUCCUCCUGUUAUUGCUCCACGGCCAGAUCACACAAAAUCGAUUUAUACACGGUCCGUAAUUGACCCCAUCCCUGCACCAGCCAGUGACACUUCUGUUGACAGUGCUACGAAAUCAGGUGAUAAGCAGAAAAAGAAGACCAAAAUGUCGGAUGAAGAGAUCAUGGAAAAACUACGCACUAUUGUGAGCAUAGGAGAUCCCAAGAAAAAAUACACCAGAUAUGAAAAAAUCGGGCAGGGGGCUUCAGGUACAGUUUUCACAGCUAUUGAUGUGGCAACGGGGCAGGAGGUUGCUAUUAAACAGAUAAACCUGCAGAAACAGCCCAAGAAGGAGUUGAUUAUUAAUGAGAUCUUGGUAAUGAAGGAGCUAAAGAACCCCAACAUAGUCAACUUCCUGGACAGUUACCUCGUAGGAGAUGAAUUGUUUGUGGUGAUGGAGUAUCUAGCUGGAGGCUCACUAACAGAUGUGGUCACAGAAACGUGUAUGGAUGAAGCACAAAUUGCUGCUGUUUGCAGAGAGUGCUUGCAAGCGCUUGAGUUCCUACAUGCCAACCAGGUCAUCCACAGAGACAUUAAGAGUGACAACGUGCUGUUAGGAAUGGAUGGAUCAGUUAAAUUAACCGACUUUGGUUUCUGUGCUCAGAUCACCCCAGAGCAGAGCAAGCGCAGCACUAUGGUUGGAACUCCUUACUGGAUGGCUCCUGAAGUGGUCACACGGAAAGCAUACGGCCCUAAAGUGGAUAUCUGGUCUCUGGGCAUCAUGGCUAUUGAGAUGGUGGAAGGAGAACCCCCGUACCUCAACGAAAACCCCCUGAGGGCUUUAUAUUUGAUAGCAACUAAUGGCACACCAGAGCUGCAGAACCCCGAGAAACUGUCCCCAAUAUUCCGGGAUUUCUUGAACCGAUGUUUGGAGAUGGAUGUAGAGAAAAGAGGAUCAGCCAAAGAAUUGCUACAGCAUCCCUUCUUGAAACUGGCAAAACCUCUGUCUAGCUUGACGCCACUGAUCUUGGCAGCCAAAGAAGCAAUGAAGAGUAACCGCUAA